AUGGCCCCGAUCGGAACUGAGGAUGGAAGCUGCCCGCCUGACGAUGCUGCUGUUCGACCGUCCCACCUGAACAUCCCUGCAACCUUAUUAGCACAGAGCUCGGAUACCGUAUCCCCACUACCGCCGAAACAAUAUCCUUCGCACGCGUCCCUCCACCGCCGGUCAAACACCGAGAUCAUACAGCGGCACGCCCCUCUUCCCUCCCGAAAGCUUUUCUCCGAGCAGUCCAAAACAUUCGAAGACCUCGACAGCGCGAAACCUCGUCCCAGCCCUUCGACCGAGAACACCGCACGCCGCAGGCUUGAGGAAGGUGCGAAACGUCUAUCUGGCUGGUUCCAAGGCAAAUCGCAGCCUGUGAAUUUGGGAGUGGGAUAUCAGGCCGACGAACUGGACGACGAGGAGGACGCCAUGGAGCGACGAGGUACUCGUGAGCCGUACGUGAUGCCCACAGCUCCAACUGGCCUCACUAGCCGGGCACAGAAGCGGAGGACGGCACCUUCGCCCUUAAAGCAGGUCACUUCGUCGAGUCCGUUCUCAUUCUUCGGGUUGAAACGCCAGGGGGAAGCCAGGCUUGAGCUCCCUGAACCUGCGCACGACGAGUUUCUGAAUCUCGACAUCAAUGCUGCUUUAUUCCCUCCUGGGUUCAGUAAUCUAGAAGGCCGGGACGCUUUCGACACAUUAAGGAGCAAUGCAGAUACCAUUCUCAGACGGCUACAAGCUGCUUACAAGCAACGGACUUUUGCGUUGCACGAAGUUUUGGCCGACAAGAGCGAAAAGCAAGAGGAACUCGAAAUAACACGAACACGCAUAGGGAACCUGAAAAUACAACUGGACGGCAUGGCCGAAAAGGUCAUUCAGCAGGAGAAAGCCAUGAAGGCCAUGGCCGAAGACUUAGAGCAGGAAAGGCAGUUGCGUCGCAAGGAGGAAGAUGCGCGUCGUGGCAGUGUUAUGCUCAUCAGAUCUAGUGAUGACGAUGAUAGCACAUCAGACCUUGCCGCGGAGCUUCAGACCCCCAAGCGUAGCAUGAAACGGGCCAGCAAUGGUACCUUCACAAGCGACUCCGGGUUUGACUCUGGAGACGAGAGUCUCGCGGACAGUGUCUUCUCCCGGCGCGAGGUGCUCGAGUCACCUGCUUCAACCGUUGCGCCAUCCCCAAACAUCUCUCAAGUCACCUUGUCGACCCCCACAUCAGUACCGGUGAAAUCGAGUCCGAAGAAAGAGCUGAAACCUGCUCCGACCCCACCGGCGCGCCAAUCGACGUACGAUCGGGUCAUCAAGGGGCUCACGCCUAAGGGCAUCACAAGCUCCUGGAACAACUCCUCCAAGUGCAACAUUUGCCAUGGUGUCCCUUCGUCUGAAGCUUGGAGUGUCCUGGGCAUCCUCAAGGAGGAGAACAGAGGCCUCAAGGAAAGGCUGGGAGAAUUGGAGAAUGUGAUCGAUGAUUGUUUAUGCUUGGUUGGUCCCUGA